GUUAAUAUAAUCAACGCAACAGAUCGACUGCGACUAUAUACUCACUCCCAACCACGAUAAAGUCAAAGUGAGACAUGGUCAAUAAUGGCAAGACAAAAAAGGGUAAUUGCUAAAUUGCUAAACCAGAGCAACGUGAGAAGAAGAUUACGACAACACGAUGAAAAAGCAAUAAUAUAUAGUAGAACUUCUCGAAGGAUCGAGAUCGCACAGAUGGGAGAAACCAGGGGAAGCCGGCCUAAUAGGGGCCUUUCUAUACCACGAGCAGGGGGUCUGACUGGGUUAUUGAUGGCCUGCAUACACACUACUUCCUUCUGCCCAACGCACGAGCGCUUCUCCUCCAACUCUCAACGGUGAUGAUGCCGUGUCAAGCCUAAAAGACGCCGGAAGGUCGUGUCCGCACCAAUCACAAUACAGAGAGUGGGCCGGAAGAGACUCCCUUCCG